GUUUUUAUCAACAAAAACUUGAUAAACACAUUUUUAGAUGACUAAAAUACAGUAUGUCUAAGACUAAUAAGUACUAUUGUCCAAAAGGCCAAGACUGAGACGAAAAUGGAAAGUGUUGCCAAAAACAACAAUGAUGCACACAAAAAAAAGUGUCACCUCCACCUCUGUCAGCACCUCCUAUCAAUUUCCUGUAUGUAUGUAUUGCUUUCGAAAUGACUUUGACAUCAGCAAGUGUUCAACCUGCACAACUGUAAUGAUGUAUGUCUUCGGCACCCUAUUUGCCAUUCAGCUGCUCUCUGGGUUUUCAGAGGCAACAGGGAGCAGCAUAGUGGGUGGUAAGGUUGCAAAGGCUCACUCCAAACCCUACAUGGCAUCACUGCACGUCAAUGGAGGCCACACAUGCGGCGGCAUACUAAUCCGCGAGGACUUUGUUCUCACUGCGGCCCAUUGCAAAAAUGAGUCAAUAGAGAAAAUGACAGUUAUACUUGGAGCGCACAACAUAAGCAAGCACGAGAAAAGCCAGCAACGGAUCCACGUGGCAGAGUUCUAUCUUCAUCCACGCUACACCCCUGGAGGGUACACCAAUGACAUUAUGCUACUUAAGUUGGAACGUAAGGCCACGCUGAACAGAAACGUCCAAUUUAUUGUUCUACCAAAGAAGAAUGGGAAAAUUCCGGCCCAAACGAAAUGUGUCGUUGCUGGCUGGGGCCAAACUGAGAAAGUGCCCACUUCUGAUGUACUGAAGGAGACCACCGAGAAGAUACAGUUCAAUUUUGAGUGCAAAAAUAUUUGGCAGGAAAUAUUUCAUUCAGAUCACAUGAUAUGCACCAGGCCCGACAAGAAAGGAGGGGUUUGUUGGGGAGAUUCCGGGGGUCCGUUAAUCUGCAACACUACGGUUCAAGGACUAGUGGCCUUUGUCUACCAAGAUGACUGCAGUAAUCGCACGAUUCCGCACGUCUUCACCAAAGUUCACCCCUUCCUUCCUUGGAUUAAGGAAGUGAUGCAAAGGAAGGUUGUGGUGUAAGCACAUUGCAAAAUUUCUUUACUUGCUAAACGCUUAUUAGAUGGCAAAUUUCCAUACACUGCUGGCCAAAAGUAUUAGCACCCCUGCAAUUCUGUCAUAUAAUGCUUAAUUUCUCCCAGAAAAUUAUUGCAAUUACAAUGCUUUGGUAGUAAUAUCUUCAUUUAUUUCACUUGCAAUGAGAAAAAACAAAAGACAGUGGAAAAAAACCAAAUAAUUAUCGUUUUACACAAAACUCAAAAUGGGCCAGACAAAGGUAUUGGCACCCUCAGCCUAAUACUUGGUAGCACAACCUUUAGACAAAAUAACUUCGAACAACCGCUUCCGGUAUCCAUCAAUGAGUUUCUUACAAUGUUCUGCUGGAAUUUUAUACCAUUCUUCUUUGGCCAACUGCUCCAGGUCUCUGAGAUUUGAAGGGUGCCUUCUCCAAACUGCCAUUUUCAGAUCUCUCCACAGGUGUUCUAUGGGAUACAAGUCUGGACUUAUUGCUGUCCACUUUAGAAAGUCUCCAGUCCUUUCUCUCAAACCAUUUUCUAGUGCUUUUUGAAGUGUGUUUUGGGUCAUUGUCCUGCUGGAAGACCCAUGACCUCUGAGGGAGACCCAGCUUUCUCACACUGGGCCCUACAUAAUGCUGCACAAUUUGUUGGUAGUGUUCAGACUUCAUAAUGCCAUGCACACGGUCAAGCAGUCCAGUGCCAGAGCUAGCAAAGCAACCCCAAAACAUCAGGGAACCUCCGCCCUGUUUGACUGUGUUCUUUUCUUUGAAGGCCUUGUUUUUUUCCCCAGUAAAUGUUGAUGCCUCUUCCAAAAAAGCUCUACUUUUGUCUCAUCUGACCAGAGAACAUUCUUCCAAAACGUUUUUGGCUUUCUCAGAUAAGCUUUGGCAAACUCAAGCCUGGCUUUUUUAUGUCUCUGGGUCAGAAGUGGGGUCUUUCUGGGUUUCCUACCAUAGAGUCCCUAUUCAUUCAGACUCUGACGAAUAGUAAGGGUUGACACUGUUGUACCCUCAGACUGCAGGACAGCAUGAACUUGUUUGGAUGUUAGUCGAGGUUCUUAAUCCACCAGCCGCACAAUCUUUCGUUGAAAUCUCGUCAAUUUUUCUUUUCCUUCCACAUCUAGGGAGGUUAGCCACAGUGCCAUGGGCUUUACAUUUAUUGAUGACACUGCGCACGGUAGACAUAGGAACAUUCAGGUCUUUAGAGAUGGACUUGUAGCCUUGAGAUUGCCCAUGCUUCCUCACAAUUUUGCUUCUCAAGUCCUCAGACAGUUUUUUGGUCUUCUUUCUUUUCUCCAUGCUCAAUGUGGUAAACACAAGGACACAGGAGAGAGGUUGAGUCAACUUUAUUCCAUUUUAAAUGGCUGCAAGUGUGAUUUAGUUAUUGGCACCACCUGUUAUGUCCCACAAGUAAGUAACAGGUGCUGUCAAUUACACAAAUUAGAGAAGUGUUACAUGAUUUUUCAAAGGGUGCCAAUACAUUUGUCCAGCCCAUUUUUGGAGUUUUGUGUAAAAUUAUAAUGAUUUAAUUUUUUUCCCAUUCUCUUUUGUGUUUUUUCAUUACAAGAAAAAAAUGAAGCUAUUACUAACAAAGCAUUUGUAAUUGUAAUCAUUUUCUGGAAGAAAGUGAGCAUUAUCAGACAGAAUUGCAGGGGUGCCAAUACUUUUGGUCAGCUGUGUAGUUGUUCUCAGUUUCUAGAGAAGUAGGUGCCGUUCAUUCAGAAACAAAACCAAUAACUAUAGGAAAAAGUGUUCUUUAUUGAUUUUAGCAUGAGACAAAUACACAACAUAAAUAAUUAAACACAUGAUGACUGUCAUGUACGUUUGGAUUUAUAAUAUGAAUAAAAAAAUAGAUGUAUCCAUCUUGUAGCUUCUUUAUUUUUUUAUCACAAGGUAAUGUGCAUAUUUGACUGGUUUAAACAUAAAAUCAUAAUUGAA